AUGUCCAGUUCCAAAGUGCUCUCCAGAGGUGAAAUCGAGCAUCGUAUCGCUUUAGGUGAUGCCAUUGUGAUCUUUGAAAACUCUGUGCUUCGAAUGAACAAGUGGUUGAAGUUCCAUCCUGGUGGUGAUAAGGCCGUGUUCCAUUUGGUCGGGAGAGAUGCUACUGAUGAGAUGAUUGCGUACCAUUGUGAUGAGACCCAAGCCACGUUCAAAAGAUGGAAGAUUGGUGAAAUCAAUUAUAAAUGGAUCAAUUUUGUGCCGCCUAUUCAAGGUGGGAAGUUCAGAACUUUAGAAGAACAAGAGUUGGAUGAAAUUAAAGAGGAACAACUGAGUAGAUCACCAGCUUCACCAGCUUCAAAUUCAUCUUCAAGUGAAGAUUUGAAACUUUCAUCUUCAACUGAUCCAUCAGAUGUUGAGGAUUCUAUUGAUACAAAGGCCGAGUCCUCAUCAAAUUAUGCAAAACAACAACAACAAAAACAACAACAACCAAAAUUAAACACCACAGCGGGUCAAUGCUCAGAAGUCACCAAACCAAAGAUACCACAAGGACUUAUACCGUCUUUAUCAACAAAAGAAGCAUAUGAAAGGAAAGUUGUUAAAGAUCCAAGUGAUGUUAUUGAUAAUUAUGAUAAUGGUCAAGUUGAACAAGAUUUAAAAUCAUUACCUUCAUUAGAUUAUGAAACUCAAGAACAUUUAUCAAAAGAAUAUAAUAAAUUACAUGAUAUAAUUAUUGAAAAUGGAUGGUAUCAAUGUCCUUAUUGGGAAUAUGCAAAAGAAGCUACAAGAAUUGCAACUUUAUUUAGUAUUUCAUUCACACUACUUUAUUUUAAAUGGUAUUUCCUUAGUGCAAUUUUCUUAGGUUUAGCAUGGCAACAAUUAGUUUUCAUUGCACAUGAUGCAGGUCAUAUCUCAAUAACACAUCAAUAUGAAACUGAUAAUAUAAUUGGUAUGAUUGUUGCAUCAUUCAUUGGUGGAUUAUCAUUAGGUUGGUGGAAAAGAAAUCAUAAUGUUCAUCAUCUUAUAACAAAUGAUCCUGUUCAUGAUCCUGAUAUUCAACAUUUACCAUUUUUUGCAGUUUCAACAAGAUUAUUUGGAAAUGUUUAUUCAACUUAUUAUGAAAAAUUUUUAUGGUUUGAUGCAUUUGCUAAAAAAUUAAUUCCAAUUCAACAAUUUAUGUAUUAUCCAAUUUUAUCAUUUGGAAGAUUUAAUCUUUAUAGAUUAUCAUGGGAACAUGUUUUAUUUGGCCAGGGUCCAAGACAUGGUAAAGCUGCAUGGUUUAGAUAUUUUGAAUUAGUUGGAUUAACUUUUUUCAAUUGGUGGUUUUUUUAUUUAAUUGUUUAUAAAUCAAUUGAAUCAAAUUCAUCAAGAUUUAUGUUUGUUAUGGUUAGUCAUAUAACAACAAUGAUUGUUCAUGUUCAAAUCACUUUAUCACAUUUUGCAAUGUCAACAUCAGAUUUAGGAACUUCAGAAAGUUUUGUAAGUAGACAAAUAAGAACAACAAUGGAUGUUGAUUGUCCAGGAUGGUUUGAUUUUUUCCAUGGUGGAUUACAAUUUCAAGCUAUUCAUCAUUUAUUCCCAAGAGUUCCAAGACAUAAUUUCAGAAAAAUUCAACCUUUAGUUAUUGGAUUUUGUGAUAAAGUUGGAUUAAAAUAUUCAAUUUAUGGAUUUGUUGAUGGUAAUGAAGUUGUUAUUAAUAAAUUAUCAGAUAUUGCUAAACAAGCUAAAAUUAUGAGAGAUUGUCAUAAAACAAUGAAAAAAGAAGCUAUUGAAGAAGGAAAAUACUUUGAAUUCUGA